AUGGCCCCAGGAGGCAUGAGACAAUGUAUUCAGGAUAUCACUCCCUACCUACUUUUCCUCAUUUUUAUCUCGACCCUUGGACCUCUACAAUUUGGCUUUCAUUUGUCUGAAUUAAAUGCUCCUCAAGAUGUUAUUACAUGCAAGAAACAAAGUCGUGUCGAAUCAACUGUUCGUACCGGACUUCCACAAUGUAUCCCUAUGACCGAAGCCGAAUUUGCCGCCCUUUCGUCACUCUUCGUUUUAGGUGGAUUAUCAGGAGCACUGGGUUGUGGCGCCGUGUCGACAAGUUAUGGAAGAUUGUUUGCCAUGAGAAUUACAAGUGUUUGUUUCAUAGUAGGGUCAAUUUUGGAAAUCUUCGCCGGCACAGUUCCAAUGAUGUCUAUUGGCCGGUUCUUUUCAGGCAUUGGUGCUGGAGCAUCGACUGUCGUCGUGCCAAUUUACAUUUCAGAGGUUGCACCGCCUAAGGAAAGGGGAUUGUUUGGAUCCAUGACACAAAUUACCACGAAUGUAGGCAUCCUACUUACUCAGGUUCUGGGUUAUUAUUUGAGUAGAGGGUCGAAGUGGAGAAUCAUAUUGGCAGUUGGAGCUGGACUUGGAUUGUUACAAGGACUUGGGUUGUUAUUCAUCCCAGAGAGCCCAACAUGGCUUGCCGCACAUAAAGACACACAAACAGCCACGAGAACCCUCCAGCGAAUUAGAGGACAUGGCUAUUCCAUUGAGGAAGAGAUUCAACACUGGGACAUUAAGCCAUCCGAGGAAGAAGAAGAGCGUCUUUUACUUGACCCAGAGCUGACUAGAAGGGACUCUGUUGCCAGCAAGUCAUCCUCACAGAAAUCCAUUCCUAAUGUUGGAUUCUUUCAAGUCAUUAAAGAUCCCUUCUAUCAACCUGCAGUCAUUGCCGUCAUUGGUAUUAUGUUUGCUCAACAACUUUGUGGUAUCAACAGUAUCAUCAUGUAUUCCGUAUCACUUUUGUCUGGCCUUCUCCCCGUCUCUUCAUCUAUCAUUACAAUUCUUAUUUCGGUAGUUAAUCUUGUGGCAACUGUCGCAUGUGCACCAUUAGCCGAUAAAAUUGGUCGAAAAGCAUGCCUUCUCCUUUCCAUAACUGGUAUGGGCACCAUGUCUCUUUCAUUAGCAUUAUCCCUUCGUUGGGAAAUCAAAAUUCUCUCUGCGAUUUCAGUCAUCCUAUUUGUCACAUUUUUCGCCACAGGUCUUGGUCCUGUUCCUUUCAUGAUGGCAUCAGAGUUCGUCGGUCCAGAGGCUGUGGGUGCGACGCAAAGUGUAGGUUUGGCAGCCAAUUAUCUUGCUACUUUUCUAGUAGCCCAAUUUUUCCCCAUAAUAAACUCGAGCUUGAACAAAGCUUUAGGGGGUGUGGGAUGGGCGUACUUUAUAUUUGCAGCGUUGGCAGUAUUGUGCGGAAUAUUUGUUAGUUGGAAAGUUCCUGAAACUAGAGGCAAGAAAGAUGCCGAUGAAGUCUGGGGAAGACAGAGAAGAGUCGAUUGA